GUCAACGUCGUCGCUAUGUGGGCGACCGGUUUGCUACUCGCCCUAUUCGGGGCUGCCAUAGCGUCCGUCCAGCCUGGACAAGAACUGCCAGGAUGGGAGAACGGCAAGAUGUACGUGUACAAGCUGAGGAGUCGAUCCUUCGCUUCCAACAACGAGAUCAACAACCAGUACUCCGGCGUGGUGACACAAGCCCAGCUGUACUUACAGGUGUCCACCAACACCCCGAACCAGCUGAACGCGUACGUCAAGGACGCGCAGUUCGCCCAGGUGCAGCAGACGCUGCCUGGCGGCUGGGACGCCCCGCUGCAGGGCCCCGCGCAGCCCAAGUGGCAGCGCCUGCGGCUGCGCAACCCCUACUUCGCCAUCAAGAUGGAGAAGGGCGUGGCCAAGAAGCUCAUCAUCGACAAGAACACCAUUCUGAGUGACGCCAACUACUACCGUAGCAUCGUGACUCAGCUGACGGCCAAGCUGCACCCGAAUCUGCUGCAGAGAUCUCUGUACCCGUCCUACAGCCAUGCGUACGGCUCCUACAACGUCAUGGAG